AUGAGAAAUUUAACAGAAGCUGAAGAGAAGUUUUUAAACCAUGAUUGGGUGAAUGAUGAAAAGUGGAAAUUAUAUUUAAGUAAUUUAUACCCAUCUCCUUCAAUAAAUAAUAUUGAAAAAUAUAAAAAAAAAUAUUUUCAGAAAAACAUUGACAAAAACCUAGAUACAAAUAUAAAUUUUGAUCAAAUAAAACAAGAAAAUCAAGACACUUCAAAUUUUCAAAAUUUUUAUUCUUACAAUAAUACUAAUUAUUAUGGAAAAUUACCAAUUCUGAUAUUUUUUUAUUUUAUUUUUGUUUUAUGCUUUAGUGUAUUUUAUUUUAUAAUCUUAUCUUUAAAUUUAAAUUUAUAUAAAAGAUUUGGAACAUUUGUAUCUUUUUCUUACUUAUUGUCAUUUAUUGGUUUAUUAUAUUUAGACUACAAAACACAGAAACAAAAUUUUUCAUUAUUACAAUUUUUUUCUAGUGAGAAAGGUCAAUACUUAUCUUAUUCUGUAAUACUUUUUUUUAUUAAGGAUGCCAUUUUAAUUUUUUUACCAAUUUUUUUAACUCUUUUAAUAAAUAGUUAUUUAAUUUUUAAACAAAUAAAAUUAUCACUUCCACCAUUAAUUCAAAAGAAUCAUUAUGUUAAUAAAAUUGUGUCUUUAUUAGAUGAAAAUAUAUUAAAUACAUAUAUGAUGAGAGCCAAUAUUGAAAUUUAUAAUUUGCUUUUUAUAAUUAUCUGUUUAUUUUUUAAAAGAGCUAGUUUAUUAAAUUUAAUUAUUUAUGUACACUUCUUUAAAUUAAAAUAUAGCUCUGCAGAUCCAUAUUUUCAUGCUUGUUUUUCUAAAAAUGGAGAAAUGAUUAGACAAUAUCUGUCUCACCCCAAGGUGCCUAGAAUUUUUCUAAAUAUAUUCAAUAAAAUGUCUCAUUAUUUUAAUGUCUACUUAAGUUAUAGAAGAAGAUAA